UGCCCUUCCUGCUCCUAAACGUCGCUUCACGCGGGAUUCGACACUGAUGAGGCUCCUCAUGUCCAAGAAGCGGCACAGGCUGCGCUGCCGCCGGCGAAUCCGAGACCGUGGACCGGUUGCUUUGGUGGCUAAAAGAAAGAGGCUGCGCUGCCAGCAAGAUGAUGACUAUCAUGUUGACAGAGGAAUAUCUUGUCCCGAGCUUCCAGAGGAUAUCUUGCGGCAUAUUCAUGCCAAAAUGACACUUAGAGAUGCUGCUCGUGCUGCUUGCGCAUCGCACACAUUCCGACACAACUGGAUAUGCCGCCCCAACCUUACAUUCAGUCUGGGAACACUAGGCUUGAAUAGAAAUGCGUCUAGGGAUGUAAUAACAAGAGACCUUAUCAGCAAGAUUGACCUGAUUAUGCAAAAUCACUCAGGCAUCGGCGUGAAGACACUAGACAUUGAUCUCUAUAGUUGUGACAACAUCGACUUCGCCUAUCUUGAUAGUUGGCUUCGUAUUGCUGUUACUCCAGGGAUUGAAGAACUGAUCCUGACGCUGCCUCUACCCAUCAUUGUUUUCGAGAAUGCUCUACCCAUCAUUUCAGUGUAUAACUUCCCUUGUUCACUAUUAUCUAACGGGAGUGGAAACUCAAUUCAAUAUCUCAACCUAUGUUACUGUACCUUGCGUCCCACGACUGGUCUUGGUUGCCUAAGAAGCCUGACAAUUAUGGUGUCUCCUUUCCAAUUCUCCCGCUUUGGUGUGCUUGAAACUCCUGCACUGCGAGGAGAUAAUUUCCUUGAAGAUACCUUCUAUGCUGCAGCGUCUCCAUUUUCUAGAGGUGGCCUAUUGCGAUAG